UAGGGUGAAGGCUAAAUCUGAGAAGCCGCAUCCAAAACCGACCGUCACUGAACGAGGUGUCAAUCGGCCAUGACAAGGAUCCCUUUUCUACGAUUCCUCGACAUCGCGACAAGACGCAAAAGCCCUUGAGAAGGAAGGAUCCUUGGCCACUGCUUGGUUGGUUGCAAUUUCUCACUACAUUUUCGUCUAAUCAUAGUUGCGUUGCCAUUCUCAUUUUCAGUUCCUCUGGCAAAAGAAAAAAACAGGACACAGUUUUUUCAUUCUCCUUGAAUUGUUUUUUAUUCUCUGAAGCAACACCAUGAUGUCUUCCUUUCGUCUUGCCGCCUCUCGAGGCAGAACAUCGCUCCUGACCAAGGCUGCUUAUUCCACUACAUCCGUUGCAGCCUCCAAGAAUGUGGUGAUUGUGGCAGGAACCCGACUUCCUUUUGCCACAACGACCACCACGUACUUUGACGAAUUGGCCGUGGAUCUUCAACGCUUGGCCAUUUCGGGUCUCUUGACCCAAACGGCGCUGCCCAAAGAAGCCGUCGACUAUGUCAUUUGCGGCAAUGUCAUUCAAGAAGUGCGAACAUCCAAUAUUGCACGAGAAGCUGCCAUCAAUGCUGGCUUGCCCGUCACCACGGGAGCUCACACGAUUGCUCAGGCGUGUAUUUCUGCCAAUGCCGCUAUUUGUGCCGGAGCCGAAAAAAUCAUGACGGGACAUGCCGAUGUGGUCAUUGCCGGAGGAUGCGAAACAUUUAGUGAUGUCCCCAUUCGAUUGAGUCGCGUACUGCGCCAAAAAGCACUUACCGCACAAAAAGCCAUGAAAAAGGGAGGCACAUUGGGAGCCAUUCAGCACGUCCUGAAAGGACUCAAAAUGAAAGACAUCUCUCUGGAAACACCCGCCAUUGCCAAUUACACUACCGGUGAAGUCAUGGGAGUCAGUUCCGACCGAUUGAGUGCCAAAUUUGGAGUCUCACGGGAAGAACAAGACGAAUUCACCGUGCGAUCCCACACGCUCGCUGGAAAAGCUCAUGCUUCUGGAUGGUACAACGAUGAAAUUACGGCCUACAAGGGAUCCACCGAAGAAAAUGGAAUCAAGGCAGAUUCUACUGUGGAAAAGGUUUCCAAGCUAAAGCCUGCAUUUGUCAAGCCUCAUGGAACUCACACGGCUGCCAAUUCCAGUUUCUUGACAGAUGGUGCAGCAGCCAGUCUAUUGAUGAGUGAAGAAAAGGCGCUGGAAAUGGGAUUCAAACCAUUGGCCUAUUUGAGAGAUUGGUCCUUCAAGGCGUGUGAUCCCUUUGAAGAACUUCUCUUGGGACCUACGUAUUGUUCACAAGAAGUACUCUCCCGCAUGGGACUCAACAUGGAAGCAGACAUUGGUGUCUUUGAGAUCCAUGAAGCCUUUGCCGGACAGAUUCUAUCCAACUUGACUGCCAUGGACAGUCAAAAAUUUGCCGAUGACAAGUUUGGUGGAAAAAAGGUUGGAAAGGUCGAUUUCGACAAGAUGAACACCAAAGGAGGAUCGCUCUCCAUUGGGCAUCCCUUUGGGGCCACUGGAUCGAGGCUCGUUACCACGGCAUCGCGUCGGCUCCAAGAAGAAAACCAACGCUUUGCAUUGGUGGCGGCUUGUGCAGAUGGUGGAAUGGGGCAUGCCUGCGUACUAGAGCGUUAUGAUAACUAGAUUUUAAAUGAUAAUAAAGUAAUAAGUAAUCCAUGAGGUUCUGC